AGCUCUGACUGAACGGAACGGGCUGUGUUAGUGUGCGCUGGUCUCUCGGAGGAGGAGGGCCGUUCGUGCGGCUUUCUCCGCCAACAUGGCGCUCGCUCACAGGCCCAGCCGUUGUUUUGUUUGGUUUUGUGCGGGGACCGUGUUGGUUUUAAGUUAUGCCAUAGCUCCGUCCUCGGGCUUGGGGCCUUCAGGGCCCCAGCAAGCCCUUCCCAACGUUAUGCCUUACCGUGAAAUAGAAUAUAGCCCUCCUGUGCUGAACAAUAAUUAUAGGGCACCCGUGCGUUUCGAUGCGAAAGGAAUGGGAAACCUCUACAACUUCACAAAACUGUUCAUGAGGAUUAUCCAGCGCGAGGAGCCUUACCCUCAAGGCCUGGUGCGGGUGGAGGACGGCCGGCUGGAGGUGGGCCCCGUGGAGUGGCACUCCCUGGUGGCCUACUACGGCGGCCUGCUCGGCGUGGUGCUGGUGGGCCUGGUGCUUGUCGCAGUUCUGCCCGUGGCCGGGCUCAUGUUCUGCUGCUGCCGCUGCACGGGACGCUGCGGUGCCCGCUCCCAGCCGUUCGACAAGCGCCACGACCCUUGUCGCCGACACUUCUUCGGCGUCCUGCUGUCGGCUAUCGCCAUCGCCCUCCUGUUUGGUGUCGUUUGCGCCUUUGUUACAAACGAAUACAUGGAGAAGGGGGUACGAGAGCUUCCCAACAAGACAAGUAUCAUCAUCGACGACACUCGCCUCUUCCUGCAAAACACCCAAAAAGAAAUAAACCACCUUCUCAUUGAUAACUAUAAAGAACUGUCAACUGCGCUGGACAAGAGUUUAGAUAGCAGCGGCGAGAAAAUGAACCGGCAGCUUGCUGAAAUAUCCCAUGCAACAUCUUUGGAUAACCUGACUCAACUUGUUGCUGGUUUGGGUAACAUCAAAGCAGAUUUAGCAGAAGUAAGCAGUAUUACAGACCAGCUGAAAUCGAGCGCCCGUAUCCUGAAGAAAGGUUUAAUGAGAGUCAAGAACUCCUUAAUUGAUAUCUCUGCAAGAUGCAAGCGCAUUGCGCAGUGCAAUGGAGUAAUUAAUGAAUACAGUCAACAGAUUGAUCAGAUAGCUAUUAAGGAGCAAUUUGAUGAUAUGCUUGACAAGUAUUUUCCUAAGUUACCAAAUAUAACUGAGAGCCUGCAGGCUGUGUCUGGUCUAGUGUCAGAAGAAGUUAAACGUGAAUUAACAAAUGGCAAAAGACAGUUAGACAAUGUACAAAGAGAAAUUCAAAGAACGGUUGAUAAUGCCAUCCCUACUAUUUCAACAUCUAUUGCUAAGACAGGUGAUGAUGUUGGCCGAAUUGCGAGAGAAAUUACAAAGUACCUUGACAAUGCUGAUCAAGCUGUUUUCCGGAAUACAGAAGUUCCUCUUGAUCAGGCAAAGUUCUAUAUUCAACAGUUUAGUCCAUACAGAUAUGAUAUGGAUCUAUCCGUGAGUUGCAUGCUGUUAUUGAUUCUUGUUCCAAUCACACUUGGUCUGUUUUGUGGCUUUUGUGGAAAACGACCAGAUGCUGCCUAUAAUGAUGAUAGCUGCACUAAGGGUUCUGGAGCUCGGCUGCUCAUGAUUGCUGUGUGGCUUAUUCUCUUACUAAGUUCAUUUAUCAUCAUUAUUGUUCUAAUGCAUUUUGCCCUUGGCGUUGUUGCCCAACGCACUGUAUGUGAGCCACUUCGUGAACCCCAGUACAACCAAAUAUUUUCAUUAGUGGAUCAGGUAAUACCUUUGGAGAAGAUUCUUCAAGUUCAGGUACUUGAUAAUCAUCGUCGUGGUCGUCAUCGACGUAUGCAACCUGCACACACCAGCAUAAGCUCUGUGAUUGUUGCCUGCCACCAAAAUCGCACAAUUUAUGAUGUACUAAAUCUUGAGUCGAGAGUCAAUGUCAGUGAAGUUUUAACCUUUGCAAAUAAUCGAAAUCUACAAGAAGCACUUGAUGCCAUAAGAGAUCGUCUAAAUGUUGAAGGUGAAAUUGUUAUCCUGCCUGACCAAGCCAAACGGAAGCUGGCUGAACUUGCAGAAUCAUCACCCACCAUACCUUUUGAUACCUACACUGAAGUGCUUGGCCAGAAAAUAACAGAGUUGAACUUCACAGACUUUGCUAAUGUGUUACAAACUGUUGCCAGCAGAAUAGAUGAUAUUUCUAUACAAGAUGAACUAAAAGUUGAAGCGAAAAGCCUCAUCCAUUACCAGCGAGAUAUUGAGGAGCUCGCAGUGUUUGCUCAUAAUUUAAGUGAGAAAGUGAAAGAACUCAAGGAUCAUCUGAAUAUAAAUCAUAAUUCAUUAAAAGACGCUAUUUAUGGACUCAUGAAUGAAGUUAUUAAAGCUCAAGAUUACUUGAAUAAGGAUGGGCCUCAAAAACUGCUGGAGAUAGCACAACAGUUUGCUGAUGAAUUUUUGAGCCAUGUCAGACACUAUAUGCAGCGUGUUGUUGACCAUACCCAUUCAGAAGUAGGAAAGUGUUGGCCUUUAAGUCGUGUUUACAAUGCAACAUUGAUUGCGACUUGUGAUGAAAUUCUUAACCCAUUUAAUGGAUUUUGGGCUAGUGUAGGCUGGUGCCUGCUCCUCUUCAUUCCUUCAAUCAUACUAUCAGUGAAGCUUGCUACACUGUACCAAAAAUCAGACCCUUAUCCUGGGCCUCUUGUUGAAGCGGAGUACAUGUAUGAUGCAUAUGCUGACAGAGACAACAUUCCCCUUGCCAAUGUUCACGAUAAAAAGCGCAAGAAAACCAAGCAGAGCAGAGGAAGAAAUUACCAAGAGACAUAUGAUAAUUCGAGUGGGGGUGCUGGUUAUCUCCAAGAUUAUAGUGCGCAUCUAGGCAGAGCAGAACGUGAUCGAGCACGGACUGACCCCGAAAGACCUGGACACUCUCAGGGAGGACAACGCUAUUCAGAUAUGGCACCAAAGCACUGGGACUUCCCAAACAAUGGGCCACCACGCUACCAUAGCCCACAUACGUCUCACACUCCUCCAAUGUCCACCGAGUAUGAGCGGCCCCCUCCUUACUAUUUCCCUGGCCCAGGUGAAAGCCGCCCUUGAAGAAUGUUUGCAUUUGACUGCCUCUCUUCUGCUGUGAUUAGCUGCUAUUUCCACCUGUCUUAGCAGCAUGUCUUUUUCUUGGUAUGAUAUUGGAAAGAUUCUGCGGAGAAUUAAAAAAAUUGCUAUUCCAUGCCAGCAUUCAUCGACUUGAAGUCCUUUACUUUGGUACUGACAAGCAGUAUCACAAAUGUACUGUAUGUUUCUUGGUGCCCUUUUUAUUUUGUGAUUCUAAUGCUUAUCUUGAAAGAUGAAGCUAUAAUUCGCCAUUUACUGCCAAUUACUGCCUUGUUACAUUCCUGAACUCAGCCCAAUCCUUGGCUCCUUUUUUCCUUUUUUCCUUCCCUCUAAGAAAAUACCAAUUUUCUCAAUUUCUUCGUGUGUAUUUAUGUUUGACUUUCCUGAGCUUUUUUUAAUAUGAUUAGCCAUGGAGAACUUCUUGUUCCUUCUUUCACAUCACCUUUUUAUAUAAGAAGUUUGCAUCACUAAAAUUACCACUUACCUAUAUGUAUCAGUGUUCAAUUAUAUUUGACCUCUUUUAUUUUUUUUACUACCAGAGGAUGGGCUGAGAGGGGACCAAAUGACUUAAGUUGCAUGCUCUGAACCUUUCUUUUUGUUCCUUGUUAUAAGACUUACUUUUUCUUUAUGAUGAUCAAUUAUUUCUUUUGUUUUAUUAUAAAUUUAUUUAAAUUAGUCAUAUAAUGUGUUAUGUAUGAUGGUUAUUUAAGCUUUACUUCUGUGAUGCCAUGUCUCACAUAAUGGGCAUUUAAAAUAUGUAAUUCAAUGCCCUUUUUUUUAUGUUUGUUGAAUCUCUUGCCAUAGAUAUUAUUUGGGUACCAGUAGGAAUUUUUUUUCAUCUCUUGUAGUAGACAUGGAUUGCACUCCAGAGAGGUUGUGCUGGUGUUAACUUUUUAUUUUUGCUGUGAUUAGUCAUUUUAUUGAAAAGUGACAUUAAUUACAUCGGUGUGUCCAUGUAGUAUUAUUAACUCACAUGACUGUACAAAGCCAUGAAUGAUAGUGUAAAUAUGUUUAGUGUAAAUUACAUAAAUAUUUUAAGAAAAUUGUGUAUCUAAAGAUGCCUUAAAUUUUUAAAUAGUAAGGUUUUACUGCAAUUUUGUUGUUGACUUAAUGGGCGUUUAGAUUUACGUGAGGGAAAGACAUAAAAUUUCUCAGCCUCAAUUUAACAUGUUUCUUUACUCUGAUUCCAAUGCAUCAUGAAUUCUGUUCUAUUUAUCAUUCCACAAGACAAAAAAUGUCUUCAAUACCUCUGACUUAUAUUUUUCUCAUACUGUGUUUUGAAAUAAUUUUCUACAUAAGUGGUAUUACAAAUUUUAAGUUAUCACCAUAAAUUAGGACAACUGGUGAGUACAUCAGUUCUACCUCCCAGGUAUUUAGGCAUUGGAAGCAAAUCAGUUGUUUAUCACUUUAGGAUUGUUGCUAUCUUAUGUUCCCACAGGAAGCUCCCAGGUCUAGUUGGCCAGAUGUAAGCCAUAAUUUUAGCUUUAGUGGAGAAUUCAAGUUGACUUCUGUGGAGGAAUAGGAAUAAAUUACAUGUAUGAUGAGUGCAAAUUAAGAUAAGCAGAAGCCUGGAUAACUUCCAAGUAUAUUUUUGGUGACAAACAUCAGUAAGGGAAAGAUUUUAAUGAGAAUAUUUUUCACCCUCGAUCUAUUUAUGUAUAUUAGCCAUGUUCCAAAGGUUGUUUAAAUAUGAUGUGAAAGACACACAAGUCCUGUAUGCACUCUCUGAAAAAAAAUUAUUAAAAAAUAGAUCAGUGACCUCCAA